UUGUUGGUGUGUCUGCUGGGGUCUGUGUGAGUGUGUGCAGCUCGGUGCGUGUAGCCCCAGGCUUCGAGUCCUAGUGCGAUACAUCAAUGGCUGGUGCAUGGUUGCAAGCACUGCUGCACUCAUUGCUUUAAUGUUACACAUUAAACGGCCAGACAUUGCUGGAGUUCUCCCAUUCUAACGACAUCGAUGGCGGCGCCGGGGCGGAAAUGAAGAUCAAAAUGGCAACCCUGUGGGUCCAGGUUAACUUCCGGUCCAGUCUUCCUUGGCACUUCCGCCGCAGCUUGCCGGACCGCAACCUCACACUCUGGGUGUUCAGAAUAAACCGACAGCUUCCUGCUAACGCUACCCGCUUACAUGAUAAGGAGUUUGCCGAGAGCACCGAGAUGUCAGCUUCGCUGCCGACGAAGCUCUCGACCCUGGGCUGGCAGAAGUUCGACUUGACGGCGACCGUGCGUCAGUGGUACGAGUCGCGGUCCUCGCUCAAGGAACGCCUUCGUCUGCUCGUCGACUGUUCUGGCUGUAACGAGCACGUGGAGGCCAAGUUGUUCCCGAAGCUGCCGCCCCUCGGCUCGAUGUCAUCCACAGCCCAUCACUUUGGCAGAGGCCGGCCCAACUCGUCCCCUCAACUGAACUACUCCUCUGAGACGCAGCCUCCGUUCCUCGUGAUCCACACGGACCCCAGCGUCACCAAGCGGGUGCGCAGAAGAGCACUGGACUGUGUGGGCAGUGAGCCCACUCAAUGCUGCAAACAGAGGCUCUUCAUCAGCUUCAAGAAGCUCGGCUGGGAAGACUGGAUCAUCGCGCCUCACGGCUACCACGCCAACUACUGUCGAGGUGACUGUGGCGGCAUGCACCGGACGCCCGACACCUUCCUCAACUACUACACGCACGUCAUAGAAGAGUUUCGCAAAAUGAACCCUCUGUCGGGCAUGCAGCCGUGUUGCGCACCCCUCAAGUUUUCGUCUAUGUCCUUGGUUUAUUUUGGGCCCGACAGUAACAUUAUAAAAAGAGAUCUUCCUAAAAUGGUAGUUGACGAAUGUGGUUGUCCUUAAAACCCAUGUUGGGAUCUAAAUCCCACAAGAUUAAAUGCAACAUGCAUGUGUACUGAGUGCUUGCAACCUUGUUAUUUUUGUCCAAACAAAAUAUAAACUUUAAUAUUUAGGGGAAGAAACAUUUGAAGAAAUGAACUAUUCAUACUAGAAGGUAUGCUGCCUUGCUCGUUAAUUUUUGGUGGAUUAUUUAAUGAUUACACAUGAAGACAUCAACUGAACUUCAUUUUAUGAGAAAAACACAUGUAUCACUGCAUUUUAUAACAUAGGCCUACAGUGUAAUUGUUUGUGGGCAGGUUCCGAACACUCAUAAAUGAGGUGAAAGUGAUCCUCAGGUAACUGCUCGAAAAGAACUCUCAUUCAUUACCAAUACUGAAUACAAUGGUGAACACAAUCAAAUAUUGUAAGUUAUUUUUCUGCAACAGCUUAUGUAGGUAUAUUAAAACACUGCAGUACACUCAGAUGAUAAUAUUACAUUAAUAUGCUUUCUUUAUAAACAAGCUUUUAACGAU